AUGAUGAAAAGACCCAACAAGCAAGGGGUACAGAAGAAUGUGAAGAAAUCAACAAACGAGGAGGCUUACUAUCAAAGGCCACGUUGUCCAAUAACAUUAGAGGAAUUCUUGCCAAGCUGGUUUCACAUAAAAAUUUCUCACUAUGAUGCUAAGGCCUCAUGUUGCAAUAUUGAUGAAGAAGAGAUGAAAAAGGGAGAUGUGACAUUGCCGUCACUUCCAUUGUGUGAAAACCUCAUCGAGACUCACUCUGAAGAAGUGGACACUUGUGAUGCAAAAAUCACAUUCACUAAUGAUGAUCUUUUGUUAGGCCAAACACUGCAUAAUCGUCCUUUAUAUAUGGUUGGUUUCGUGCGUGGGCAUAAAGUUAACAGAAUUAUGAUUGAUGAUGGGUCUGGAGUCAACAUUCUCCUAAUCCGCAUUGUGAAAGAGCUUGGAAUCUCGGUAGAUGAAUUGUCUGAAAGACGUUUGAUGAUUCAUGGAUUUAAUCAAGGGGGGCAAAGAGCUAUAGGCGCUGUCAAGCUGGAAAUAAAUAUGGGAGGUAUGUGUUCAAACGCAUGGAUGCACGUGAUUGACGCAAAGACCUCAUAUAAUAUUUUGUUAGGAAGGCCAUGGAUACACGAAAAUAAAGUGGUUCCAUCUACCUACCAUCAGUGCUUUAAAUACCUUGAAGAUGGGGUUCAAAAGAAGAUAGUUGCUGAUGAUGAGCCUUUUGCUGAGACAGAAGCACACUUUGCAGAUGCGAAAUUCUACUUGGAGAACCGUGGGCGUGAUGAAGACGAGGAAAGUGUAGGAUCAUCAUAUCACAUCGCAAUCUGGGAUGAACAAAGCACUACGCUUCAUCCAAGAGUUGAGGAAAAGUUUGUGGAUAUUCAUGCAUGUCAUCACAUAUCUUUCAAUGAUGGUUACCCCCAAGAAGAUGAAGACGCUGAAGAUGCACCGCCUGAGUUUGAGGAAGGGGUAAAGACGACUGUUGAUGCAUUAAAGGAAGUUAAUCUUGGAACUGGUGAAGACCCAAGGCCUACAUAUGUAAGUGCCUCACUGAAUGUUGAUGAAGAAAACAAAUAUGUUGAUCUACUUAUGGAGUUCAAAGAUGUUUUCGCUUGGAGUUACAAGGAGAUGCCAGGAUUAGAUCCCAAAGUUGCAGUCCAUCGUCUCGCCGUAAAACGAGGUGCUCGUCCUGUUAAGCAAGCUCAACGUCGCUUCAGAUCUGAACUAGUUCCCUUGAUUGAAACUGAAGUGAACAAACUCAUUGAAGCAGGUUUCAUUCGUGAAGUUAAGUAUCCCACAUGGAUUUCGAGCAUCGUACCUGUAAGAAAGAAGAAUGGCCAAAUUCGAGUUUGUGUUGACUUUAGGGAUCUUAACAAUGCAUGCCCUAAGGAUGAAUUUUCUCUUCCAAUCCCCGAUCUUAUGAUUGAUGCCACGACUGGAUAUGAGGCAAUGUCUUUCAUGGAUGGUUCGUUUGGGUACAAUCAGAUUCGCAUGGCACCAAAGGAUGAAGAACUUACUGCCUUCCGCACUCCUAAAGGUAUAUAUUGCUACAAGGUGAUGCCUUUUGGUUUAAAGAAUGCCGGUGCUACUUAUCAACGUGCCAUGCAGAACAUCUUUGAUGACAUGCUACAUAAAAACGCCGAGUGUUAUGUUGAUGACUUGGUGGUGAAAUCAAGGGAGAAAAAUGACCACUUGAAGGACUUGAGAUUGGUGUUCGAACGACUUCGACGAUACCAGCUCAAAAUGAAUCCUUUGAAAUGCGCCUUUGGAGUUUCUUCUGGAAAGUUCAUUGGAUUUAUCGUCCGACAGCGAGGGAUCGAAAUUGAUCAAGUUAAGGUCGAUGUUAUUCUGAAGAUGCCCGAACCUAGAGAUAUCCAUGAGUUAAAAAGCCUGCAAGGAAAGUUGGCAUACCUUAGGAGGUUCAUCUCAAAUCUGGCUGGGAGAUGUCAGCCAUUCAGUUGUCUUAUGAAGAAAGAUAUUCCUUUUGAAUGGGACCAAGCCUGUGCGAAUGCUUUCGAGAGCAUCAAAUCUUAUUUGAUAAAGCCUCCAGUACUUGUAGCUCCCAUACCUGGAAAACCGUUGAUAUUAUAUAUCGCGACACAAGAAAGGUCAGUAGGAGCACUUCUAGCCCAAGAAAACGAUGAAAGGAAAGAAAAUGCACUUUAUUACUUGAGUAGAAUGAUGACACCGAACGAGAUAAAUUAUUCACCCAUAGAGAAGUUAUGUCUGGCACUUGUAUUCUCAAUUCAAAAGAUGAAGCAUUACUUCCAAGCUCAUGUGGUGCGACUCGUCUCGAAAGCAAAUCCUAUCAAGUUUGUCAUGUCCAAACCCGUCCUAAGUGAUCGUUUAGCAAGGUGGUACCUCCAAUUUCAGCAAUUUGAAAUUGUGUAUAUUUCUCAAAAGGCAGUAAAAGGGCAAGUGCUAGCCGAUUUUUUGGCCAACCAUCCAAUUCCAGAUGAUUGGGAGUUAUCCGAUGAGCUACCUGAUGAAGAUUCAAUGCUUGUGGAAAUUCAACCUCCUUGGAAAAUGUACUUUGAUGGUGCUGCACAUUGUGAAGGAGCUGGUGCUGGAAUAGUGUUUGUCACUUCCUUAGGGGAGGUCUUGCCAUACUCCUUCACUCUAACACAACACUGCUCCAAUAAUGUUGCUGAAUAUCAAGCACUCAUACUUGGGCUCGAAAUGGCUGUUGACAUGAAACAAUUACAGCUACAAAUUUUUGGAGAUUCCAAGUUGGUGAUCAAUCAAGUUUUGGGUAGUUAUGAGGUCAAGAAGCCAGAGUUGCUGCCAUAUCGCAACUAUGCUCAGAAAUUGAUAGGUUGGCUAGGAGAAGUGACUAUUCAACAUGUUCCUAGAAAGGAAAAUAAAAAGGCUGAUGCAUUAGCAGCUCUAGCUUCCGCAUUAGUAUCACCUAAUCAAAUGCAAGUCGUCGUUUGCCAGAGAUGGGUAGUACCACCACCAAAUGAAUGUGAAGAAGAAGUUGAGCAUACCAUCACCACUUUAGAGGUUGAAAUUGAAGAUUGGCGGCAACUAAUAAUUGAUUACUUGUAUUAUGGGAUACUGCCAGAAAAUCUUCGAAGGAAGACAGAAAUCCGAUGGCGAGCCCCUCGUUUCCUUUACUACAAGAAUACACUCUACAGAAGAUCAUUCGAUGGAGUACUCUUACGUUGUUUGGGGGCAGAUGAGUCUGUUCAAGCCAUGCAGGAAGCACAUUCUGGAGUAUGUGGGGCGCAUCAAUAUGGGCCAAAACUUCAUUUUCAUAUAAAAAGAAUGGGGUAUUAUUGGCAAACUAUGGUGAAAGACUGCUUGGAUUAUGCUCGAAGAAGUAUUGCACCCUACUGUGGCUUCAUGGCCAUUGAAGCUUGGGGUUUGGAUGUUGUUGGGCCAUUGCCAAAGUCUUCUGGCGGUCAUUUAUACAUCUUGGCUGCGAUUGAUUACUUCUCGAAAUGGGCAGAAGCUGUUUCUCUUAAAGAAGUAAAGAAGGAGAAUGUGGCAAACUUCAUCCGAGUCAAUAUUAUCUAUCGUUUCGGCAUUCCUCGAUAUAUAUUGACAGAUAAUGGCAAGCCAUUCGAUAACAAGUUGAUGACUAAGGUCUGUGACCUUUUUGGCUUCAAGCAACGUAAUUCUUCUAUGUAUUAUGCCGCUGCCAAUGGCCUCGCUGAAGCAUUUAACAAGACACUCUGCAACUUGUUGAAGAAAGUCGUCUCCAAAUCUAAGAGAGAUUGGCAUGAAAGAAUGGAAGAAGCUCUUUGGGCAUACAGGACCACCUAUCGCACACCAACGCAGGCGACUCCUUAUUCGCUUGUUUAUGGAGUUGAAACAGUCCUUCCACUUGAGCGUCAAAUCCCAUCAUUGCGGCUUGCUAUUCAAGAAGGACUCACUGAUGAAGAAAAUGCUAGAUUGCGCCUCGAAGAAUUGGAAGCUCUCGAUGAAAAGAGGCUAGAAGCUCAACAAAGCCUGGAAUGCUAUCAAGCCCGUCUAUCUUGGUCUUUCAAUAAAAGGGUUCAUCUUAGAUGCUUCCAAGUGGGUGAUCAAGUCCUUGUUGUAAGAAGGCCAAUUAUUACUUCUCAUCGAUCUGGGGGCAAAUUUUUUGCUAAAUGGGAUGGGCCAUAUGUUGUGCAAAAAGUAUACUCAAGUGGCGCUUAUAAGCUUGUUGACUCAGAAGGCUUGCGAAUUGGGCCCAUCAAUGGGAAAUUCAUGAAGAGAUAUUAUCCUUGA